AUGCACCGCCACCGUGACAACAACCACCAGCAGUUGCAGCAGCUUCAGAACCGACGUACCUUGACGAACACCCCUGCUACUCGCCAUCACCCCCACGUCCCAAACAUCAACAACAUCCAAGAGAACGAACUAGCAGAUGGACGUAAUUUUAUCCAGGUGAUGCUAACCCAGAUCAAAGAGGUUCCUCCAGAGGGAGACUUCAGACCUCAAAAGGUCGCCAACUUUCAGAAGAUGGAGCAACAGCGUCAGAAGGCCGAGGAGGACAAACGUAAGGUUGCGCUUGUUCAGAGUGCGAUGAAAGGGGUUGACACUUCACCUUGA